UCCCCGAAAGCCUCUCUUUUUGGUACGUGCCAAGAUGGCGGCCCCCAUAGUGCGGCGAGGAUUGCUUCUGCUGCGGAAAGUGGUUCUGCCUCAACUAUCCCCAGCAGGUAAAAGAUGCCUCCUUUCUGCAGCAUAUGUGGACAGCCACAAAUGGGAAGCAAGAGAAAAAGAACAGUAUCACCUUGCUGAUCUGGCAUCUUUAAUGGAUAAAACAUAUGAGAGAAAGUUGCCUGUUAGUUCUUUGACAAUAUCACGGUUUGUGGAUAACAUUUCAUCUCGAGAAGAGGUAGACCAUGCAGAAUAUUACCUUUACAAAUUUCGGCAUAGCCCCAACUGCUGGUACCUGAGAGACUGGACUAUCCACACCUGGAUUAGGCAGUGUCUAAAAUAUGGUGCACAAGACAAAGCCUUAUAUACCCUUAUAAAUAAGGUUCAAUAUGGAAUUUUUCCAGAUAACUUCACAUUCAAUUUGCUGAUGGAUUCUUUCAUAAAGAAAGAAAAUUACAAAGAUGCUUUAUUGGUGGUUUUCGAGAUCAUGAUGCAAGAAGCCUUUGAAUUGCCUUCCACCCAACUUCUCUCCCUCUUUGUUUUAUAUUAUUGCCUGGAACAGAAGACAGACCUGAGUUGGGAAGAGGAGAGGAACUUCGGUGCAUCCCUAUUACUUCUAGGCCUGAAACAAAAGAACUCAGUGGGUUUGAGUUCCCAGUUGUAUGCCUACGCACUUCUUGGGAAGGUGGAGCUGCAGCAAGGGCUACGGGCUGUGUACCAUGACAUGCCCCUUAUGUGGAAACCAGGCUACCUUGACAGAGCCCUUCAAGUAAUGGAGACCGUGGCCGCCUCCACAGAAGACAGAAAGCUGUGCAGAGAAGCGCUCGAGGUGCUGGACGUGGUGCUGAAGAAUCUGACUUCUCCAGCAGACAAGGCUUCAGAGGAACAGUCACAAGAAGGUGAAGACAACCAGGGAUCAGGAGAACCGGUGGAGCAGUUAGACAUAGAGGAAACAGAACAGUCCAAGCUUCCCCAAUACCUGGAACGAUUUAAGGCCUUACACUCUCAGCUUCAGGCUCUGGGCAGAGUUGAGUCAGAAGGCCUUCUGACUCUGACCACGCAGCUUGUCCAAGAAAAGCUCCCCACCUGCGAAGCAGAAGACAUCGCCACCUAUGAGCAGAAACUGCAGCAGUGGAAUGAGGAGCGGGCACAGCUGGUUCAGAGGGAACAGGAGCAGAGGGAGAAAGCGAAACAGGAGUACCAGGCUAAGAGGGCAGGAAAGGCUGCCUGACGGGGCCCCGGGACCUCCCUCAGGAACUUCACUGGAGCCGUCCCAGGCUGAAAGCGGCUGCAGCAGCAGCUUCCGUCCAUCCGUCUCCUCUUCUUUAGCAGGCCGUGUUCUAUGUAUCAAGGAACCACGCCUACCCAUCCUGAUGCCAAGGAGGCUGUGCAACAAUGAAAGGGGCAAAUGGCCAGAGCGAAGCCACCAGCUAAAUACCUUAAAACGGGCUCCAUUUUGUGAGAAGCUAUGACUGAGGAGUCAGGUCUCAAGCACAGGCUUUUGGAUCAUCUCUCCCCCAUCCCAGGCUCCUCUCUGAGCGCGGCUCCACGGUAUGGGCUGCUCACACAGCCCCACUUACUCCUUUCCACCAGUCUCACCCUCCCAGACCUGCACUCAGAAAAGUUCAGGCGAGAAGUGACCUCAAGGCCAUGAACACACUGGAUUUCAAAUUUCAGGCAUACAGUGACAUUUUUAGAAUGUAGGGGCUACCGAGGAGAAAGUGGCCCUGCUGGGAAGCCUUCUGGGCUUGGCUGCUUCAUCAUGCUGGGAUGACUAUUUUUAUUCCCCUAAGUGUUGUCUCAGUUCCUUUACCGAGUAGGUAAAAUGAGCCUUUGUGUAUACACACACACGUGCACACACACAACUUGUGAACACAGGUUUCAGUUAAAUUGGAGAAAAUAAGAGAUGGGGUGGGGUUAUGAGUAUUGUGAAAUCAUCAGGAGAUGGAAGAUCGUUUUGUGAAAUUUCUCUUCUCAGGAAGGGGUUGGGAGCUUUUGCUUGUUUUACAAUGUUGUCUUUCAGCCCAUGGUGUAGUUUUAUUCAGGACUGUGCUCUUUCAUCAAAACCUAUGGAAAUAAAUGUUCUGGGAUUA